CAGGUGAGCUUUGAAGUCUCUUUGAACUUGUACACCAGAAGAACUGGAAUCCUCUCCUCUAUUCGAUUGUGACAUUUCCCACUGCACCUGAAGUACACACCAGCCUGUCCCAUAGCGGUGACUGCCCCCCUCCUCCUCUCCGGGUAUCAGGUCACAGCAGCCGGCAAUGGCGCAGCGGAGGUUCUUCGUGGGAGGAAACUGGAAGAUGAACGGGAGCAAGGAGAGUCUGGAGCAGCUGAUGUCCACCCUGAACACCGCCAGUCUGCACGAGGACACCGAAGUGGUGUGUGCUGCUCCCUCCAUCUACCUGGACUUUGCUCGCUCCAGUCUGGACCCCAGUAUCAGUGUUGCAGCCCAGAACUGCUACAAGGUGGCCAAGGGGGCGUUUACAGGAGAAAUCAGCCCGGCUAUGAUAAAAGACUGCGGGGCAGACUGGGUGAUCCUUGGACACUCGGAGCGCCGUCAUGUGUUUGGGGAAAACGAUGAGCUGAUUGGACAGAAGGUUGCUCAUGCUCUUGAAAGCGAUCUGGGCAUCAUCGCCUGCAUUGGGGAGAAGUUGGAGGAGCGAGAGGCGGGAACAACGGAGGAAGUCGUUUUUGCUCAAACACAAGUCAUUGCAGAGAACGUGGCGGACUGGGAGAAAGUGGUUCUGGCCUACGAGCCUGUGUGGGCCAUCGGCACCGGCAAGACAGCCACACCUGAGCAGGCUCAGGAGGUCCAUGAGAAACUGAGGGCGUGGCUCAAAGCAAACGUCUCAGAGGAAGUGUCUGACUCCCUGCGCAUCAUUUAUGGAGGUUCAGUCACAGCAGCAAACUGCAGGGAGCUGGCGUCCCAGGCCGAUGUGGAUGGAUUCCUAGUGGGCGGAGCCUCUUUGAAACCAGAGUUCAUUGACAUCAUCAACGCACGUGCAUGAUGAGGAACGCUCUGCCGUCCCUUUGUGUCUUUGUGUAUGGGCUGAAAAAUCUUGACUUAAUAGCAAAAUACUGUAGAAAUAAAUAGAAGUUCUUGUUUCAGUCAGGUGGAAUUUUCUGUACUUUGUGGUUUAGAUUAUUUUUCCUUUACCUUUUUCCCUAAGAAUGACUGUAAGAAAAUAUGUUGGUGUAUAAGUUGCACAAAUCACAGCUUUAAAAUCACUUUUAGGUUUUUAUUCUUGUAUUUUUAGAACAGUGUUCCCCACAGUGAACCUGUCAGUUCAGCAUGUUUUGUGUGUUGUUUUGCAGAGCAAUAACUAAACUGUAGCAUCUGUCUCACUUACUCCACUGAAUGUCCACAGGAACAGCUCCACAGCCGACCGGAGUAAACCACACAGACAGAAACGGAGAUGUGAUCUGGAGCUCAGAUCUGAUCAAUCUGAGCUUUAGUAGAAGCUGAAGGAUGUAAAGAACUGGCUCAGGCCAGGUAUUUGAAUGAAGGCUGGAAGAAUGUAAACAAUAAAAUAAACUUGAAUUAAAUGUU